AUGGAGAUGUUGAACCAAACAUAUUUUGAUUAUUUUCUACUACAAGGAUUUGUCAACCUGGAGAACAACAGUGUUGCAUUGUUUACUUUAUUUUUCAUCAUCUAUUUCCUCACCAUUACUGGAAAUAUGUUGAUAGUUUUGGUGGUGCAUUAUCAAAGAAAUCUACACACCCCCAUGUAUUUCUUUAUCACCAACCUUGCCUUUCUGGAGAUGUGGUAUGUAUCAGUCACUACGCCCAAACUUUUAGCUAUGCUGGUGACCAAAGACAAGAAGAUUUCUUUCCAUUUGUGCUUUGCACAACUCUACAUGUUCCAUAGUCUGGGCAUCACGGAGUGUAACUUAUUAGCUAUGAUGGCCUUUGACCGUUUUUUGGCCAUAUGCAAGCCCCUCAGAUACAAUACCAUCAUGAACGCCAGAAUAUGCAGAUAUUUAGCCUUGAUGUGUUGGAUCACUGGGUUUCUAAUGGCAAUAAUUCCCAUGACACUGACUUCACAGGUUCCAUUUUGUGGAAGACAUUAUGUAAAUCAUUACUUCUGUGAUUUAGCACCAUUGCUAAGUCUGGCAUGUGGUGAUAUAACCCUUACCGUCACUAUAAAUCGAUGUGUUGGAGGCUUUGCAACGAUGUUCAACCUUGGUAUUGUCAUCAUCAUGUACAUUAAUAUUAUAUUGUCAAUAGUAAAGAUAAAGACCACUAUGGGAAGAAAGAAGGCUUUCUCCACCUGUUCUUCACACCUGACUGUGGUGACUCUGUUCUACGGUGCUGCUUGUAUUGUUUAUGCCAGCCCAAAAGAAGCACAUACUGUGGACUAUGACAAAAUGUUUGCCAUUGUCUAUGCUAUGUUCACUCCAUUCUUCAAUCCAGUCAUUUAUAGCCUGAGGAACCAGGAGGUAAUUUUGGGACUUAAAAGAGGCUUUGAAAUAAUUUUUAUUCAAAUUGCCAAAAAAUAA